GGAGGUCGUAAAAAUCUCCAAACUUCAUCAAUAACAGCUCGUAUUUAGCAGUAGUUCGUGGUUUUAAGAUCAAAUAGCCGACUUCUUUCGAUGAGUCCAGACCCACAGCAGGUGACGGAGCCGGUGACCCUGGGCGAGGGUCCACACUGGGACAAUGCGGAGCAGGCGCUGUACUUCAUCAGCACCUACGACCACACCAUCCACAAGUACGUGCCUGCACAGGGCAAGCACACCAGGUCCAAACUUGAUGGGCGAACCGCCUUCAUAAUACCAAUUGAAGGCAAGCGACACCACUUCGUGGUCGGGCUUGACCGGAAGGUGGUGGAAGUGGUCUGGACUGGAGAAGACGACGCCGCCAGGGUACUGAGGACCGUCGUGGAAGUAGACCAGCAGUAUCCUGACAACAGAUUCAACGAUGCUAAGGCGGAUCCUCGCGGGAGACUAUUUGCUGGUACAAUGGGAGGCGAGUAUGAACCUGGAAAGUUCCACCUGAAGAGAGGUAGCUUGUACCGCAUAGAUCCUGAUGGAAAGGUGCAAAAAUUGGAAGAGAAUCUGGACGUCUCGAACGGCCUUUGCUGGGACGUCAGCCAGAACGCGUUUUUCUUCGUGGACUCGUUCGAGUAUGCCAUCAGGAGAUACGAUUAUGACAUCAGUACUGGCAACAUCUCAAAUCCAAAGAUAAUAUUCAAGUUCCAGGAUUACAAUCUGGAGGGCAUCGCUGACGGAAUGACCAUAGACACCGAUGGGAACCUCUGGGUUGCCAACUUCGAUGGUCACCAUGUUCUCAAAAUUGACCCCCGCUCGGGGAUUCUUCUGGAGAAGAUUCGAAUCCCAGCACAGCAGGUGACUUCGGUGACCUUCGGCGACUGCACCUUCGAGGAGUUGUACGUGACGACGGCGUGCGUGGACCGUGGCCAGCACCACCCACCACCCAGCGGAGCCACCUUCGUGCUGACCAACCUCGGAGUUAGAGGAUACCCUAAUGUUAACGUCAAACUGUAUUGA